AUGUACGGAGAACUUGUUAGUGGCUGGUACCACCUCUCCACCAGCUCCAAGUUUCUGAUUAUCUACUACCUUGCCGCCACCAUUGUCGAGAUCGUGGCGACGGUGACGGUGAUGGUGCUUGAGCGGGAAAAGAUUCACAAGUGCUACUACCUGGCGGCCUUCUUGUGUCUGUAUCUUGUCCGGGCCCUGGUCAUCUGCUGGUCUCUCCUCCGUCGGUUCUUGUACGAGCGUCCAGACGAUCUCCCAACGUCCCUCAGUGGUGCCUGUGGUGCACACUACAAGACCUUGGUCAAUUGGGGCUCCCUCGUGCUAGUACUCAUCUCGAUCGCCAUCCUAACAACACAAUCCCACUGCGCCGAAGAUGCCCCCGCGCUGUUCUAUCUCACCCUCGUCUUCUCCUUGGUCGGCUACUUUUGUAUUGCCAUGCUGUUGAUGCUCUGGCUUGUCGUCCUCUUCUGUCUCAACGGACUCGUCUUCAUUCUGGAGCUCUUUGGUGUCGGACCGACCGUUAUGCGAUGGCAGGGCGCUACUCAGGAGAUGCUUGAUGACAUUCCUAUUAUCAAGUUCUCUAAGCCUGCACCACCACCUGAAUCUCAACAACCACAGCGUGCCGCUGCCUCGACGCAGCAACAGUUUAAUGAGAAGAGUAGUUCGAGUGACAGUAGCACCAGGAACAACGCUUUUGCGCCGACGAUUGUUGUGUCCGACGACGACGGGAAUCAAGGGGCACAUGAUUAUGGACAAGGAUCACACUCGCAGAACCAGCAGCAAAAGGACGAAAUUACACUCGUCCCUGAGCCCGUUACGGCUGCAACCUCCCUUCUCACAAGCGUUGUCCUCGAGAUAGAACCUGCACUAGAAAAGGUCGACAUGGAGGAGGAGAAGGCCGUGGCGGUGAUGGUAGACGACGACGAAGCGCAGGACAGGGUUCCACCACUCUCACUAAUCACCUCGUUCGCCGAGGGCGAGAACAAGCGCACUCGGGAUUCAACAGCAGUGGAACUAGACCAAUUGAGCCCCAGGGAAAUAGAAGAAAAGGACCGGAUUUCGAGCAGCUGCUCAAUAUGUCUAUGCGAGUACGAGGAUCUGGACGAGCUGCGACAUUUGCCCUGCGACCAUUACUUCCAUCAGGAGUGUGUUGACGAGUGGUUAAAGUUGAAGAGGACAUUUACCGGCCAGAGGCGCCAUUUCUAA